AUGUUAAUGCUCAACACUUCUCCGGACGACAUUGGGCGGGUGGAUCCUCUCCCAGACGCACAGGAGCAUAACGAGUCUAGUCCGUCCAACGGCACGACAACCCUCUCGCUCCCCUGCUCUCCCCGUAGCAUACAGCCACCCAAUCCGGACCACACCCCCUCCCUCCCUUCGCUCUACAAGAACCACCUCACAAUCCGCAAACUCAGCUUCUACGCCGCCCGCAUCCAAAAUGCGCUGCACCUCGGCCUCCCCACCUUCCUCGCGCAGAAGGACAACGACAUCUCCCCGUGGUACUGGCACACGCAGUUCUCGCUCCUCAUAACGUCCUCUUCCACUUCGCCCACGAACCCUUCCCGCUCCGCCCCCGCAACCUUCUCAAACUACGGAUUCGCACCCACCCGCCCCAUCCGCUGCCAACCCUGCUUCAACAUGUCCGCCUCCGUCUCCCCCGACCUCUCCCCAACGCCACUCCAACGCUCCCACGCGCACGGCAUGUACCUCGACGUUGUGCCGUUCCCCGUCUUCCGCGACCGCGCCAUCACGCUGCUGGCGAUGCAGCCGCCGGCGUUUGAGGAGGCGGAGCUGAAGCGGGACAUGGAGGAUGGGGGGCUGGUGGUAUGGGGAGCUGGACAUGGGAAGGCGGGCGGGGCGCUGGUGCGGGAUCGGCGGAAUUGGGAGUGUGCGGGGUGGUUCUGGAGGAAGUGGAGGUUGUUGGUUGAGGGGAGUGGGUUGGAGGAGCAGAGCAGGUGGUGGAGGGAUAUGAGGGGGGAGGAGGAUGAAUUUGGGGAACUAUGA